AUGAUUAGUUUUUAAUAAGUGAUAAAUUUCAGGGAAAUUCUACUCUGUUCAACUUUAAGUGAAAGGGCUGUUAAAAUUGAGUUUUAACAAUAUGUAAAAUCAAUAUUUUUAUAAUAAGCCAGGUCCUCAUUUAUAAACUAUGUUAAAACUAUUACAAUUAAUCUAAACUGGCUGUAAAAUUGAUGUUAACACUAAAGGAAUUACUUAUAUACCAGGUUAAUGUUAAAUUAAUAUUAGGAAUAAUAACAAAUUAAGAUGGAAUGUUGCAAACUUAUAAUUGUGGUGUUGACAGAUCAAUAUCAUAUUAUUUGGAAAUCUUGAUAAUGUUGAGUUUAUUUGGAAAAGCACCACUAAAUAUAGAAUUAAAUGGUAUAACAAAUGAUUAAACUGAUUAAUCUGUUGAUUCCAUAAUUAAUGCAUAUAUUCCAUUGAUAAAAAAAUUUAUUCCUGAUUGGGAUGUAUCACUUAAAGUUACAAGAAGAGGAUUUUUAGCAGGAACUGGUACUGUAAUGUAUUAUUAAUUUUUUAAAUCAUUAGUUUACAUUCUAAACCAAUAAAAUAAAUUUAAUCUACAUCUUUAAUUGAAAGGGGACCAAUUUGUAAAAUAAGAGGAGUCUGUUCAGGUAGUAAGGUAGCUCCUAAUAUUUUGAAUAGAGUUGUUAGUUAAAGUAGAAAUAUAUUCAAUGAUUAUAUUCCUGAUGUUUGGAUUCAUACUGAUUUAUAAAAGACAUAAAAAGGGAUAGAGUUUUAAAGUGGUUAUGCUGUUUCAUUAAUAGCUGAAAGUACUAAUGGAUUAUUUAUCUCAUGUGAUUGUGAAUAUUCAAAUGAGCUUAUUAAUCCAGAAAAAGUUGGUGAAACUGCUGCGUUAAGAUUAUUAGAUGAAAUUAAAAACAGUGGAUGUGUUGAUACAACAUAAUAAUAAUAUGCAUUAUUGUUAAUGGCUAUUAGUUAAAAAAAAGUCAGUCAAAUCAAAUUAGGAAGAAUUUCAACACAUACUAUUGAAACUCUUAGGAUUAUUCGUUCUAUUUUCGGUGUCACAUUCAAUAUAGAGGAUUCAGUAUUUUCUUGUAUUGGAUGUGGACUUAUAAAUUUAUCUAGAUAAACAUAAUGACAUUGUUUAUAACCAC